GACUCCCUCCCCGGAUAUGCCAGUCUCUUCGGACUCUAUCCCAUCCCUGAGCCCAGGGAUGUCCCGGAGUCUGUCCCGACUUGGGGAUCAGCGAACACGGACUCAGCUGCUGUUGGUGCUGGGGAUCACUCAGAUCGCACUCGGCUCAGUGAUCGUUGCUGUGAGCUUUGCUGCACUGGCCAUCACUAACUCAGCGAAGAUCCGACAUUCCUGCCCAUUCUGGGCUGGAUUCUCCGUGCUGCUCGCUGGACUCAUUGGGGUUAUCUCCUGGAAACGACCUGUCUCCCUCGUGGUCUCGUUCUUCACCCUGCUCUCCGUCCUGUGUGUGAUGCUCAGUCUCGCGGGCUCCAUCUUGUCUUGUCAGAACGCCCAGACCAUCAUGGCUCUCGAAGCGUGUGAGAAGAUUGGUUUCGAGCGGGAGGGUAUGUGUAUGUGCUGUGACCGGAUGACACAGCGAGACCAUCCCGAAUUGUGUGGGGCAGUGGGCGAGCUCCUCAAAUUACACCAUUUCCAGGAUUGUCGGACUGUCCGACUGGCACUGCGGGAUCUGUUGUUCGGGGUGUGUGGCCUGAGUAUUUUAUCCACCAUCGUGUGUACCCUCUCCACCGUUAUCUGCUGUAUCCAGAUGUUCACGGUCGAUGUGCUACACGUUCUGGUGCCUCAGCGAUCCCGGUCUGUCAAUGCAGAAUGUUCCUCAGCACACGGCCCCUUCCUGCAGCGUGCGGGGGACCCUGAUGAGUUCAUUCCCCCAGUGCCACCACCUCCGUACUAUCCCCCGGAGUAUACCUGUAGCUCAGAGACCGACGCCCAGAGCAUCACCUACAACGGCUCAAUGGAUAGUCCAGCACCCCUCUACCCCACCGACUUCCCACCCCCCUACGAGGCUGUUGUUGGGAACAGCACCACCAGCCAGGUGACUGAUUUUGACCCCCAACUCACCGAGAUCUCAAACUCCAGUUUCUGUGAGCACAUCCUGUCGACUGCGUUCAGUGGGGAAGGGUCCAUGGACAGUGGCUCCCUGAUGAUGUCGGAAAUUAUUGACAUUCCGGAUGACAGUAGCUUUUCCGAGGACUCGUGCCUGGUGAUGGCGAUGCAGGGUGGGGGCCAGGCGAUGGGCUGUGGGCCUGGGAUGCCUGAGAGCUGGGCCCAGGAGGCUGAGCUCUCCCCUGCCCUGGCUAGGGCCUGUGCCUGGACUGGCCGCUCCUUCUCCUGCAGCUCUCCAGGUCGGUACAGCUCAGGGCCUGGGCCUGGGACACUGAGUCAGAGCUGUGAGAGGCUGGAGACGGCAGCUGCUGCUGCUGCUGCUGUCGCGGGUGGGCCCAGGACCCGCUCCACCUCGUCCGACACGUCAGCCUUGCAGGCCGGCCCGGAGUCCCCGUGUCCCAGCCAGCGGUACAACCAGAGCCCUAGGCCUCAGGCCCCAUCGAGGAGCCUGGCUCCUCACCGUCUCAGCAGAUCCAACAGUGAUCCCGCCAUCUGUGGGAGCACCACCAACUCAGCUGAGGGCAACAGAAACUGGAAAACCGCAGAAGACGAAAUGUCCCAGACCUCCACAGACACAGCUCAAUGUUCUGAGGCUUGCUUACUGCCCAGCUCUCGACAUGGCACCCCCGACCUGUUCCACCGUGCCACGGUCAGCAAGCAGAGGCAGCCGGUGAAAAGCCGAGGGGUGCCUGCUCUCACCAAGGAAGGUGCCCGCUCCCUCAGUGAUCUGAAAGUCUACCGGGGCACUCGGUUACUCGUCACUCGAUUCCUGCAGCGCUCAAAACGCAACCUCACAGCGGAACCAUGGCCUACUCCAGCUGGAGCUGCUGGAACUGCUGGUACCAGCAAAACCAGAGUGGACAGAGGCAGCACAGGGAGCAGCUGUGAGCAGGCUUCCCGUAAUCCCUGGGCAGUCGGUGUGAGACAGCGGGUGAGACAGGAUGGGAUCCACCUUCGGAGCUGUGGCGAUGUCAGCUCAUCCACGUUGAGUUUGCGGAGACUCUUCUCGACGAACAGACUGGAUAACAGCCGGCCUCACAGUCUGGUCGUGGUCUACAGAGAGACUGUCCUCUAACUCACUCAACCCUCACCCUAUCCCUGUGAUACAGCGCCGGCUGACUCCACUGUCUCUCUGGCACUGCACGGACUGAUGUGCUGGGUGCAAGGAGGGAGUCAUAGAACCCCUACAGUGUGGGCGUAGGCCAUUUGGCCCAUCGAUCUGCACCGAAGAGCGUCCCUCCCAGACUCAAGCUCCCCUAGCCUAUCCUUACCCACCUAACCAGGACGCCAAGGGGCAGUUUAGCACGGCACAUCCCUCCUAACCUGCACAUCCCAGGACUGUGGGAGGAAGCCCACCCAGACACGAGGGGAGAAUGUGUAAACUCCACACAGCCCGGGGCUGGAAUCGAACCCGGGUCUCUGGUGCUGUGAGGCAGCCGUGCUAACCACUGAGCCACCGUGCCGCCCCCUCGUGAGUACGCGAGGAAGGCCGAAGGAGAGAAUGGAAGGAAGAAAUAUAGCAACAAGGAGCAGCAGCAGGCCAUUGGGCCCUUCAGCCCUGCUGUACCACCCAGUCUGAUCACAGAUCGUCCUCUAUCUCAAUGUUGUAGUCCCACUUUCUCCCUAUAUCCCUUAAUGCUUGGAAAAUCUAGAAAUAUAUAUUUGCCUUGAA